AUGGCGUCGGGGCUCGACACGCCUGAACUCUAUACAAACGGAACAAAUGGAACGCCAGUGCUUAACUCAGACGCGGCUUUACCGAUCCCUCCCGCCCCUGCAUCGUCUUUUGAUCCUGCCCAGUUUCGUACUUAUCUGCUUGCCUUGCUUCCACCCGUAAUUGGUGCUACAGUAGACGAAAUUGAAGCCACACUAUUCGACUCUGAAUUUGAUGAAAAAUUGACGCGCUUUGCUGCAGAAGGUGUCGAAGCCAUUUAUAUUGUUAAAACCCGAGCGGGAGAACCUGAAGAGGAUGCAACCCCGACAUAUUCCUACACGCUCACACAACAACUGCAAUACAAUUCGAGCAACGUAACUACGCUAGCACUUAUUAAGCGCACGCCCACCCUGGAUACCUUGCUUCCCCUUGCACCACAGUUGCAUAUCCUGAAUCUUUUUGGUGGGGAUGAGACUCCCUAUGAGAGUUUGCAUGCAGUAGUGAGCCAAGCCGUUAAGCCUUGGUUCGAUGCGUUCGUUGGAGCACGUGGUAGUGGCAAGGAUGGAGAUGGGAAAAUGGGAAUACCCGUGACCAAGAAGAAGUUUGCAGAGCUUGAACUAUCUCUGUUGCAUCUCCAACAGAAUGUCGAAAUUCCUGAAACUCAUCUCAUUAUUCACCCAAGCAUUCAAAAAGCCGUCGACCAUGCACACGCGACCAACACACCUGUGCACAUCGAUCUUAUUCCUGGUAGUACUCUCAGCGACAGUUCAUUCCUUAAUACACUCCAGGCUCACGUAAAUACCUGGAUCAAGUCUAUCCAAGGUGUUACAAAACUCACGCGUGACGUUUCUUCGGGUACUGCAUCGCAAGAAAUCAACUUUUGGUUGAGUCUCGAACGUGCUCUAGAAGGGAUCGAGACGCAGCUCCGUGGUGAUGAGGUUCAGCUUGUUAUGGAAUGCCUUCGCAACGCGAAACGUUUCCGAGCAACUGUCAGUUUCAUUGCGGAUACAGGGUUGAAGGAGGCCACAGAUAUCGUGCACAAGUAUAACCAACUGAUGAAGGAGUUCCCUCUGAACGAACUAUUAUCCGCAACGGACUUGGAUAAGAUUCAUGAUGCACUUUACCAGGUUUUUGGACACAUCAACAGGAAGCUGCGUCUUUCUCCUUAUCCCAUCCGACGUGCUCUCCCACUCGUAGAAGCCAUCUCCCGUGACUUUAACGACCAACUCCUCCGUGUCCUUACAUCUCAUCGUCUUACCUAUGCACCAUACGAAACAUUUGAUAGGUUGCUCAAACAGACUCAAGAAAUCUUCCGUGCUUGGGACGACCUGAUCAAGGAAUUCACUAAUGUUGCGCGCGAGGUAACACGUCGUCGCUCCGAGAAAUUCAUCCCGAUCAAGGUGCAGCCAGCCCAUGCCAAGCUCAUGGAACGCACGCGAUAUCUAAGGGAUUGGAGGAAGCAACACGAGCAGCUUGCUGUAAUGACCGGGCCUACCAAGGGGCUUGGAGGGAUCGGCAAAGACGUUGGUGGGAUGGAUAUGGAGGAGGAAGUCAAGGAAGCGUAUGAGAUUGUGAAAGGGAUUGAUGUUUUGGAUGUCUCAACUGAGGGUACUGAAAUUUGGGUCACCGCCGAGAAUGCGUACAACGAACGUGUGGCGCGUGUCGAAAAUCAGAUCAUUUCCCGGCUGCGCGACCGACUCGGGACGGCGCGCAAUGCGAACGAAAUGUUCCGUGUAUUUUCGAAAUUUAACGCGCUCUUUGUGCGCCCAAAGAUUCGGGGUGCCAUCCAAGAAUACCAAACGCAAUUGAUCGAAUCCGUAAAGGAGGACAUUAAACGACUUCAUGACAAGUUCAAAACUCAAUACCGCUACUCUGACACAUACCAUAUGUCUCAAAUGCGAGACCUUCCGCCUAUCGCGGGUGCCAUUAUCUGGGCGCGACAAAUUGAAAGACAGCUCAAUACUUACAUGACUCGCGUACAAGACGUCUUGGGAAAGAGUUGGGAACUCUAUGCCGAGGGCCAGAAGCUUCAAGCCGAGUCAACCUCGUUUCGUAAAAAGCUCGAUACUAGACCGGUAUAUGAAGCUUGGCUGCAUGAUAUUAAUCGCCGCGAUAUGAACAUCAACGGUCGACUGUUUGAAAUCAUCCGUCUUCGUGGAGGGGGGUUCCAGCUCACUGUCAAUUUCGAUCCUCAAAUUAUUACACUGUUCAAGGAGGUCCGGAAUUUGUUGUGGUUGGGUUUCCAGGUGCCGCAUACAACAAGCAAUCUAGCCAAGGAUGCGAAGCGUGUAUACCCACAUGCCGUGAGCUUGAUGGAGACCGUGCGGACGUAUGCCCAGACUCUGGAUCUCGUGGAAGCCAACAAGGGGAUCGAGAUGUUGGUUGCUGAAUACAGGAAUGAAGUUCAGAGGAUGAUCACUCGUGGAAUGGCACUGCGCUGGGACUUUUUCGUUAACACAUACGACUCACACAGAUUCCAUGGCUACGCAAACCUCGACAAUUGGGUUGCUGAGCUUGAUGCCAAGAUUGAAGCCCUGUUACUCGUUCGGUUGACACACAUUAUCCAACUCUGGUGCACUGAAUUUGAUCGCACCGAAGAGGACGAGCCCAGACGUGAAGCUAUCGAGGGCAACUUGACACUCAAGCCGAUCGUCCACGAGAUUCGCAUUCAGAACCAGGUUAUUUUCUUAGACCCACCCAUUGAGUAUGCGCGUGGCAUCUGGAUACGACAGUUGCACUCCUGGUUGGGUGUGGUCUGUGGUUUACGCAGGAUUCAGAGCUCGCGAUAUGAGAUUGGGCUACAGAUGCAGGGAGCAAUGGUAGUUGACACUACCUACACCGGCUUGUUGACUCGCCUGAACGAAUCGACCCUGGUUCGGCCAUUCGACCUCGUCGAGACCAAGGUGCAACAAGUCAAGGAGUACGUCGCCAAAUGGCUUCAAUUCCAAUCCCUCUGGGAUCUCGAAGCCGAAUAUGUCUUUACGCGACUUGGAGACUCGCUCGCCAACUGGCAGCAGCUCUUGACCGAAAUCAAGCGUACACGACAAACAUUCGACAACUCGGACACUCAACGCAGCUUUGGCGUGUGUGUGAUUGAUUAUGAGCAAGUCCAGGCUCGUGUCAAUGCCAAGUAUGACUCUUGGCAGAGAGAUAUUCUGCAGAGGUUCGGAGUGAAACUCGCGAAUGAGAUGAAAGAAAUGCAUGCAGCGAUUACCAAGGCUCGCCAUGAUAUGGAGCAGCAAAGCAUGCGAUUCUGA